AUGCGGUAUUUUGGUUCAAAUUUUCAACCCAAUGCCAAGCAACAUAACAAUUCUCAUCUACCAAUAGAACAAAGUAAUAUAAUCACUACAAGACAUUUACAAAAUUCAUUGAUCAAUAAUUUUGUUGAUAGAAUAUCUUUAGUAGAACAAGCUGAAGCUAAGCAAUUUAUCAAUGUGGACUAUUCUUAUCAUUACCUGAAUUAG